AGAGAGAGAGAGAGAGAGAGAGAUUGGGUUAGCGCUGUAACGCUCGCCCCUUCCCUCCCUUCUCCUCCUCCUCCCUCCCUCCACCGUGCAUGAGCUCCUUCCACUAGUGAGCCAUUCUUUUGAAUGAAAGCGAGAGGGGCGCUGGUGGGAAGCGAGAAAAAGAGCAAGAGCAAGAAGAAGAAGAAGAGGAAAAAGAGAAGGAGGACGGGGAAGGAGCGGAGGAGAAGAGUAAAAGCCGAAAGCGAGGAUGCGGAGCGGGUUCUGGCCGUGAGGGACGGUGAUGGAGCCGAGAGGCGGAGCUCCGCUGCUUUAGCGGCGCUGGCGGCGCCUCUUCCACGGCGAACCCUCACCCAAAGCCGGAUGCAAAACAGGACGGUCCCGGGCGCCUCCGGCUACUCCAACUCCAAUGUCACUUGCUCCUGCAACUGCACCGCAUCCCAGCCACAGGGAAUGGAUAGAUCUGAACUGGAGUUUGUUCAGAUAAUAAUCAUAAUUGUGGUGAUGACGGUGAUGGUAGUAGUGAUCAUCUGCUUGCUAAACCACUACAGGCUCUCGGCCUGGGCCUUCUUUAACCGCCACAGCCACGCCCACCGCAGAGAUGCAGCCAUGCAGCCGGAUGGUUGCGCGUGGCCCACGGACAGUCUGGUGACACAACAAGGAACCACUGAGGUGAUGUACGGGCCGCGGAGCGGUGAGCGCUUCAACCCGCCUGCCUUUAUGCAAAGGGACAGAUUCUGCCGCUUCCAGCCCACUUACCCGUACCUGCAGCAGGACAUCGAUUUACCCCCCACCAUCUGCCUGUCGGACGGGGAGGAGCUGCCUCCCUACAAGGGCCCGUGCACCCUACAGCUGCGGGACCCCGAGCAGCAGUUGGAGCUGAGCCGUGCCUCCGUGCGGGCGCCGCCCAACCGGACCAUCUUCGAUAGCGAUCUGAUAGACGUUUACGUGCACGGGGGCGGACCCCGGCCUCCGAGCAGCAACUCUGGCAAGAGUGCUUCGAACUCGCGCAUGGAAGGGCCGCCACCCACCUACAGUGAGGUGAUUGGCCAGUCCUACCCAGGCUCCGCCUCUUUCCUGCACCAGCACAGCAAUAACGCACCGCCGUCCAACCAGCGGACGGCAAACCGCACCACCCAGCCCGGCGCAAGCACAACCACGACCGUGUCCGUUAAGGUGGCAAAGGACAACCGACGAGACAAACCAGUGUGACUUAUCAGAAGGCACAGAGGGGGGCGAGGGAGGGGGCGGGGUUGUGUGACUCCGCCUCCACGUUGCGAGCGGGCGUGGCUUCCCUCUGAGCGCUCCCUUGCACAAUUUAAAAAUUGAGAAACAAAUCGAGGAACCAAGCUUAAGAAAAUAUCUCUUUUGUAUACUUUUUUUUGCUACAACUCGUGGGCCUUGUGCGGAUGUGGAUGUUUGGGCUUGUUGGCUACUUUUUCUCUGUCUGUCUGUUUGUUUGUUUGUUUUUGUAAUGCUUAUUUUUCCUUUAUUUAAAUUAACCGAAUGCCGCUGCAGAUCAAUCGAGUGUGGUUUGCUUGAGAGAGUCUGCACAGGUUUAUAGGAUUGACGUAUUUUUUUUUACAUUUUCAAGAUCUGUGCACAAAAAUACUGUUUUCACAACAAAUCGAGAUCCAAAAUUUGAGUGCCAUUAUUCAUGCAAUUACUUAAAUCUUGGUGAUAUGACUUCAUAUCAAGCAGAAAGAAAAAAAAAGUUGCACUAACUUGUUUAUAUAGCUGACAAUAGCUUACCUUUGUUUCUGUCCAUAAUAUUCAAGUCUUUUCUCUGUUGCAGACCUUUUUUUGUUUUAUGUUUUUUCUUGUAUUCUAUCAAAAAGGGGGGAGAUGUAGACUCUGAUCCAGCCUAAAAAACUCCACUACUAAACUACAAGAUGGCACUUAAAAACAAGGGUUAAAAGCAAACUGUUCAAAUUUUGUUUUUGCUUCUCAGCAUGGAUGAAAGUCGUUUCAGUGUGCACCUAUUUCAUCCUGUCAAAAAUAGCACUUUAAACUUCUCUAAUUUCAGCAUUUUUACGGGGUCCAAAUGCAAGGGGGUCAUCCACCGCAUCAUUAAGCAGUGUGUGAUGUCUAAGACUGUAGCGUAUUCUGUUUUUUUUUUUCCUGUUUAGUUCCCUCGUUACUCUUCGGUUCACAUUUAGACGACCUCAUAUAUGGUCUUCAAAGUCACAGCCAAAGGUUCAGUGUAGGUAUUCAGUAUUUAUUUGCAGUUUAGCUUCGAGUGCAUGGUGUGAGUCAGGAACAGCUCUUACUGGAUGCCCCUCUUAUGCCCUUAGUAAGGUGUAUCUUACCGUAACACACUCAUCCCCACUCGGCGCACAUCGGGAAUGCUUUGGGACACACUGAUUGUUGUUACUGAGACGUGCUUUCAUAACCACUGCUCUGUGGCCGACCUUUAAGAAAGGCCAGCAUAAAAUGUAUCUGAUUUGUUUGUUGUCAAGUAUUUAUUGGAUGUGUGAAGUCUGAUGGAGAGUUUUGAUUUGUGUGGAUGGCAAAACCCAUCAAAAGUUUGGGAACACCUGGCUUUUGAAGCUUUUCAGCACAGUUUAGCACAUUUUCUUUGCCAGCUUAUUAAAAGAAUAUUCCAGAGUAUAUAUAUGUUCACUAUCUGCUGCAUCUAUAACAUAUUUGAUUACCAUGGACAGUCAUUUCACCAGUGUCCCUCCAUUCUGAAAACAACAGACAUCCUGUUGACUUAAAACUGAAAAAAAGUCAAUGCGCAGCCGAUUUCUUAUUUUGUAGAGAAAAUUAUUGUCUGUGCUAACUGACCAUGUAACUGUAGCAGCAGAUAGAAAUAAGGGCAAAAAUGUUUCAGUAUUUUAACAACAGAUCAUCGUCUACAUAUAUUCCUAUCAAAUAAGUAUAAUAUUAGUAUAAUGCUGUGUAAUUCUAACAAAUAUAUAUUUUAAGGUAUUUUUCUUCUAUUUUUCUUAAUCUAUUUAAACUGACUUCAUCUAUUUAAUUGACCUUUUCAGGCUCCGCCUCCUGAAUAUUACUUCUUGUAGCUACUGUUGCAGUACAAAAAGCUUUCUAUUUUCUAUAUUCCUGUUGAAUUGAAAAGUUUGUCGAACACAAAGCUUCGUCAACUGAGCAACUACAGCUGCAGAUGUACAUGUGUGUGAGCAGAGCCUGGAUAGGGAAAUUAUACAAUAACUAUUAUACUCGUUUAUUAAAUAUUAUCUAAAAUAUAUGCUGAUAUGAAAAUAGAAAAAGCAGCCAGGUGUCACCAAACUUUUGGCACAGUGUGUUCCCCUUUAUUUUCUUCUGUUUUUCUGUGUCUGGAUUGAGACUCCUCUCUCCUCGCUCUCCGCUCUAUCCCUCGUUCUGAGCGUGCGGUGUGUGUUUGUGCGUGUUUUACUGCUGCUGCUAUGCUGCUGCUGCUGCUGUCCAUUGUCCAAUGCGUCCACUUCCUUUUCAUUUUGGGUUUGGUUUUAAAAAGAAAUCUUUAUUUUCAUUUUAGACCCAGACAUAUGUGCUCUUCUUUAUGUUCGUUUUCUUUCGCUUAUGAUUUUGGGCUGUCAUAGUUACAAUUAUAUAUAUAUAUAUAUAUAUAUAUAUAUAUAUAUAUAUAUAUAUAUAUAUAUAAUACAAAGAAAACAAGUGUUUAUUUUUCCGUUUUCAGCCGAGAGGUUUGCAUGUUACUUCUAGCAAAUUUGGUGCCUAAAGCAGGUUGUGCUAAAGCAGGCAUAGGAACCCACUUGCACUCUAAAAAUACCCCCCCUCCCCCAAAAGAGAAAAACCCCACCUUCGUUGUGCCUCACUUCUUACGGUGCUUUUUCAGUAGUCCGACUUUGUUUAUUUGUACUGUGCUGUAUAUAACUUGAAAAUAUUAUGCACAUAUCCUACCCAAUGGGUAGAAAAACCACAAGAGAACAAUGUUAAUACUGUAAUAUAAUGUAUAAAUAAUAUUAAAAAAGAAAAAUUUAACACGGUGGCAUCGAGUUUUGUGAAUGCCUACAAAAUUGUGCUUUGUCUUUUUUUGUAAAACCGAGUAAAGUUUGCAAAAAUAAUGCUACAGUAUGGUCACAUAAAUACAAACAAAAAAUACUUCUUAUAUUUUUUCCUAUAACGUAAAGUAAAUGCAAAAUCUGUUAUGUGAUGAUGAAACAAAUAUUCUGAUAUAAAGGCAGUUGUACACAGGAUGAUAAACUAGCUGCUGCUUUUGUUACUUCCAGAGAAAUAAUUAUCAAUGCCAGCGCUUGCCAUUUAUUUAUUUGACUUUUUGUUAUUAUUUUAUUAUCUGCUUAAUGUUUGGACUCAACUAACGGCAGAGAACAAUAUGAGAACUUGACCACAGUUAAAGAUACGGGACACGGAUGGAUCAUGACAGAGACUUUAUAUGGAUUACAAAGCUGGUGGAUCAUAUCAAUUCAACUAAAGGGACUUUUAUUUUGUCAAUUCUUCCACAAUUUGUCCUUUCUUGUUCUUGAUUAAAAGACAUAAUCUUGUUGAGUUUUAGGGCUGGGUAUCAUUCGGAUUUUUAAAUUUUCAUACAAAUAGUGAUACCUUGAGUUUACUAAGCGCUACUUUUUUUUGGGAACCAUCUUGAAAAACAGUCACAUUUUGCUUUAAAUACAUAUAUUUAAAAAUAAACAUUAUAUAUAAAAUAUAUACACAUAUCUCUGUGCUCUUUUUGAACAAACACUGUUAAGAAGUGCUGAUGAUGUUGACAUGCAUGCCGAAUGGUAUUUGGACAGCCAAUCAGCAGUCUUGGUUAUGGAACAAGCAUGUUUUUGCCUCACAAAUAUUGGAUAAGGCUGUUGUCAGAAUGAAAUGUUGUCAAAGCUUUAUAAGAUUGAAGUAUUUACUUUUAUACCAUAAAAGUAUUGAAUUUUUGAUACCCAGCCCUGAGUGUAAAAUGAAAAAUAUCCACUCAACCAGCGUCAGAAAACAGCGAGAAAGCUCUACCGUGGUUAAAGAAACGGAACACAGAUGGAUCGGGACAAAGACUUGAUCAUAAUGGAUUAUAAAACUGGUGGAUCAUACCAAGUGACGUCAACCCAUCUAAAGGGACUUUUAUUUUAUAUUUUACCAUAAUUUGUCCUUAUUUCUUGGUAAAACCCAGCAGAGUGUGCUCUGGCCUACUGGCACACUUUCUGUAAAGUGAAAACUGAUCCACAGACUGUACUGAUUGGUUCUGCAUGUUCGUUCUGUCAUCUUUUUGGUCCAAUCAGCAGCCUCCUCUCUGAAGACCCCACCAGGCCGCGCUCCCUCCUGUACUGGCUUGAACGAAUGAAUGGACGAGUAAAACAGAUGAGUGUGAAUGAAUGAGUGAAGAUUUUGGGGGCUCACGUUCAGCACCUCGUUCCACGGAUUUGAAACACCCCAGCAGUGUGUGUGAGUGUACGUGUGCGUGUAAUUUGACUUGAUUUUUAUCUCGGAUGUUACAGGACUAUAUUACACAACAUGGUCUACAGACCUAUCUUUUUCUCUUUUCCUUUUUUUUUUGAUUUUCCAGAAGAACCAAGUUCAGUGAGUGAGGAGACACUGCUGUGUACUUAUGCCUUUUUUUAUAUUAUUAUUUAAGUAAUCGUGAUGUCAUCAGUUUUCAGCCUGACGUCUGUUAUUGCAAUACUUUUACAGGAAAAGGUGACUUAAAAAAUACAAUUAAAAAUGCUUAAAGGGAAAAAAAAAACAAUAAAAAUAUUGCUCAAAGUACCGCUGUAGUCCUUCAUGAAACAAUUCCAUGCUUGUUCUUUCGCUGUGAUCAAAUGGCUAGAAAGAGCGAUUAAAGUUGAGGAAAACAAUCCAAA